AUGACAUUGUUAUUCGACACAAAAGUGGAAUUUUUAGAUUCGGAUGCUGUAGGCACUAUAGGAUCAUGGCAUUCUCAUGAACCUAUAUUUGCUGUGGCCUCAUAUAAUCAGGAGAGAGGAGGAUCUGUAACAGUCUUUGCGGAUAAUGGAGAGCCUCAACGUGAUGUUAGCUAUCCUGUUCAUUCCACAUCACAAUGUACGGCCAUGGCUUGGCAUCCGGAGAGGGUACUUUUAGUUACCGGUUGGGAAAAUGGUGAUAUACAUGUAUGGUUUGCCGGCCAUCGUGAGUUCGCCAGCGUAAGUGGUCCCCACAAGGCAGCCAUAACAAUGGUGGAGUUUAGUGAAAAGGGUGGACGCAUGGUGACGACAGACACGAUGGGUCUCUUAACAGGUUGGCGUUGUGAUGGACAGUAUCAGUUUUUAACCAUGUUCUCUCAUGAUUUACGUGAUGUUCUAACACUGAUUACAUUUCGACGAACUAUAUGCAGUGAAUUGCGCGAAGAAAUGGUGAAUUUAGCUAAAGCUGCGGUAGCUGGAGAUGAAAAUGCAUUGGACACUUUAACCAAUUGGCGGCCCCGUACAGCUGUUCGUACAGCCACCCAUACGGAUAUAAAGGAUAAUUAUUGUUUUUAUGUGUCCACACAUGAUGGUCGUUUGUAUUACAUAAAUCAAGGUGGCACAUGUGCAGAGGUAUUGAACAAUAACUCGAUUCCCAUUACCCAGAUGUUGUGGCAUCCCAAGAAAGAUGCUGUCAUUUGUUUAAUGGACGAUAUGUCGGUUAUUAUGUAUUUAGUGGAAUCUACAGGAAUAUUAACAGAACUGGAUCGUGUCAAGCUAAGCUCUCCGGUAACUGGUAAAAAAGGAGCUAUAACCUGGACGUCUUCAACGUUGGCCAUAAUUACUGGUGAUCUUUCCGUACGCAUUUGGGACAUAGAAAAGAGCGACAACUAUUUGCUAAAAAUGGAUUUACCAAGCACCAAACCCUCCGUAGAACAUCAGACUACAGCAUCCCAAUUUUUCAGUCACGAUAGCAACGAAAACAGUUCUCUGGCAAAUCACUUAAACGGUACUGGCGGUACUAUUCUUAGACCCAUGAAAAGUACCCAUAAUUCCAAUGAGUACUUCACUUGUAUCACUUAUAUAGCUGACAAUCAAGCUAUAUGUGCUGGUACUAAUUUGGGUAAUCUUUAUACUUGGAAACGUACUUCUGGUUAUAUUUCGACUACACCUGAAAAUAUGUGGAAACUUACUAAUGUUUCUGCCGUUAGAGGUGCUAUUAAACAAUGUUUGUGGGGUUUCAAUGAGUUAGCGAAACCUUGUAUUUUGGUGAAUUGUGUUUCUAAUGUGUAUGUCUUAAAGGAACAACCAUUGCUUUCUCAACACACCCGUGAAAUAUGGGCCGUACAACAGAGUGCUCGCAAUAUUUUCUUAGAGCAUGCUGAUCACAGAAAUUGUGUUGUGCAAGCGGAAUUCAGUGUUACGGUUCUGGCUUUGAAUAAUUCAAAUUUGGCAUUGAGUAAUGGUCGUAGUAUAUCCACAUAUAAUAUAGAUAAAGUCGAUCGUAUACCAGAAUUUGGCAAUAGCCUUGAAUCUACUUCAAGUGACUCAUUGAAAAAUGAUAAAAUUACAAAUCUCAGUGUAAAAUUAUUGCAGACAUUUAAUGCCGAAUGCUUGGCUCUUUGCAUUAAUCAUCAGAAUAUAUUUUGCCUAACGGCUACUGAUGUCAGUGUGUAUUCCAUAGGCGGGGUCGUGCUACACAAGAUCCAAGCUAGUACUACGGAAGGAAAAAUUAUUGGCAUGGAUCUUACAUCGUGUUAUUUUUCAAUAUUUACUAUGAAUGGUUAUAUUAAAACCUUUGACAUAUCUAGACAUGAUCCCAAAAUUUUAUUCCCACCCAAAUCGGCUUACGACCUCUUUGAAGACUUCGGUGAAGUAAUGCAGGUUAAAUGUAAUGCCAGUGGCACUCACUUGGCUUUAGUUAUUGCCAAUCGCAGUUUUAUUCCCAAGCCAGUACUAUAUUGUUGGGAUUUCGAGAAAAAUGUCUUAAUGGAGCAAGAUUUGAUUGAUAAGGAAAAGGAAAAAAGUUCCUGUAUACCAGUUUCUUUAUGGUGGGACAUAGAUGAGCCACGCCUACUGGCCCUGGAAAUUAAAACAAUGCAACAGAAGGUAAAUUCAGAUAAAGCUAAAACUCCGGAGAAUUCUAGUCACUGUGUGGAAACUAGUGUUUGGGUGAUGUUUUAUUCGGAAAAAAACAAGUUAAAUGUAUUGGAAAACAUAGAUUUAGAUGUAGGAGAACAAUUGCUUAAUAUAUGCAUACCUAAUGUGGUAACCAUUGACAUUAAUUUGAUACGCGAGAGACCUUUAAGAGAUUUUAUUGAUCUUAAAGAUUGUGAUCCUUCUACCCGUAAAAUGGUUUUAAACUUUAGCAUGCAUGUGUCAGAAGGUAAUAUGGACUUGGCUUAUCGUAGCAUUAGAUCAAUUCAAUCAAAAGCUGUUUGGUCGAAUUUGGCCAAAAUGUGUAUUGAAACCAAGCGUUUGGACGUAGCCAAGGUGUGCUUAGGUCAUUUGGAAAAGGCUAGCUCUGUGCGAGCAGUCAGACAAGCCCUAGAAGACGAUGAUUUGGAACAAGAAGCCAAAACGGCUGUAUUAGCUGCGGAAUUGGGCAUGACUGAAAAGGCUCAAGAAUUAUUUCGUAAAUCUGAAAGAUAUGAUUUAUUAAAUAAACAUUUGAGAUCGUUGGGUAAAGUGGAUGAAGCCAUUAAGUUGGCUGAAACGCAUGAUCGUAUAAAUUUGAAGAACACAUACUUUCAAAAGGCCACAGAAUUAAGGGAGAAUGGUGAUAUUGCAGGUGCUUUACAAUUCUAUGAGAAAACACAAAAUCCGGUGCAAAAUAUCACAAAAAUGUUGUUGGAAAAUCCAGCUUCAAUGAAGCGUUACAUGCAAAAUACGACUGAUCCAAAAAUGCUUAAAUGGUGGGGUCAAUAUGUGGAAAGUUCAGGAGAUAUGGAUGCUGCUUUGAUCAUAUAUCAAAAAGCAGAAGACUGGUAUUCUCAGGUCAAGAUACUCUGUUACUUGGGAAAAAUAUCCAAAGCUGAUGCUAUUGCCCGUCAAUCUGGAGAUCGUGCUGCUUGUUAUCAUUUGGCUCGUCAUUAUGAAAAUGUUGGCAAAUUUCAAGAUGCUAUAAUGUUCUAUACCAGAGCUCAAACCUUUAGCAAUGCUAUACGCAUAUGUAAGGAAAAUGACUUUCAAGAUGAACUUUGGACAGUGGCCAGCUCCUCCCGAAGUCGUGAAAAGGCUGUAGCGGCAGCUUAUUUCGAAGAAUGUGGCUCUUACAAAAGAGCCGUCGAACUAUAUCAUCGAGCUGGUAUGCUACAUAAGGCAUUAGAUAUGGCUUUUGAAUCGGAACAACCUGAUAUAUUGGAAAUAAUUGCCUCUGAAUUGACAGCAGAAUCCGAUCCCGAGUUAAUACAACGUUGCGCUGAAUUCUUUAUGAGUGUGGAGCAACACCAGAAGGCGGCUUUUCUGUUAGCUAAGACAAAACAAUUGAAGAAAUCCAUACAAAUCUGUGUAGACAAGGGAGUACCAGUGACCGAAGAUUUAGCUGAAAUGUUAACGCCCACUAAAGGUGAAGUCGAUGAAGAAUCACGCGUUUAUAUUUUGACCCAAUUGGGAGAGGUGUUGCAGCAACAGGGUGAUUAUCAUACAGCUACAAAGAAAUUUACUCAAGCUGGCGAUAAAGUAAGGGGCAUGAAAAGCUUGCUGAAGUCGGGCAAUACCGAAAAGAUAAUCUUCUUUGCCAAUAUGUCGAGACAACAUGAAGUUUAUAUAAUGGCUGCUAACUAUCUGCAGGCACUUAAUUGGCAAGAUGAUAACAAUAUAUUGAAACAUAUUGUUACAUUCUACUCCAAAGGUCAGGCUUACGAUUCAUUGGCAAACUUUUAUGCCAUCUGUGCUCAAAUAGAAAUCGAUGAAUACCACAAUUACGAGAAAGCUUUAAAGGCCAUGCAAGAAGCUCAUAAAUGCUUGGAAAAAUUGGGUGGUCAUACCCAGCAGGCCAUUAACAAUCUACAGCGGACUAUGGUUGAAGUCAAAAACAUUUUGGAUUUACAAAAUGCCUUAGCAAAUGGUGAAAAUCAAGCGGUAAUAUCUGGAUGCCGUAAUAUGCUGAUCAAACCAGAAAUGCCGCCUAUACGUCAAUCGGAUAUUAUAGCUUUAAUGGUACGAGCUCUGACCUAUACCAAACAGUAUAAUGAAGCGGCCAAGGCAUUGAAAGAAUUGGUAAUGCGUGAACCAAACUGGAGCUCUUCAGGUGUGCUGGAAAAGUCAUUGGUGCAAAAAAUCGCCAACGAAUGUAAUCUAGAUUUUAAUAUGAUAUGGAAACCAAUGCAUGGCUCAGCAGCUAUUAGUGGCGAAGACAGUGAUGAUGAUCACGAAGACAUACAGGAAGUUUUACGUUAAUUUGAAAUUUAAUUAUAUUAUAAGUGUAAUUUUGUAAAACUUUAAUGUUAUUAUGAAAGGUUACGAAUAUGAUAUUUGAUCUUUGUGAUAAUAA